CUUGGGUGUCAGGGAAUUGAAGCGGGCAGGAGGAAGAGAUACCUGCAAUGAGAAGAGUGUUAGAGGGUCAGGGAUGGCAUCCAUUCAGCAGAGCCGAACUGGAGACGAAGGAGAGGACGGCGAGGACGGGUCUCUGCACAAAAUGCUGACGGCGAUAGAGGAGGAGAGGAUCAGAGCAAGCCUCAAGCAGGAGAUGAGUGGGCUGGGCUGUUUCAAAGAUGAUCGGAUUGUCUUUUGGACCUGGAUGUUUUCAACUUACUUCAUGGAGAAAUGGGCCUCGCGACAGGAUGACAUGUUGUUCUAUGUUCGUCGAAAGUUAACCUAUGUUGGUCCGGAGAGUGGUGAUGGAAAGCAGGUUGAAGUUGAAGUUUACCGCAGAGAUUCCAAGAAGCUGCCUGGUCUCGGUGAUCCGGACAUUGACUGGGAGGAGAGUGUUUACCUGAACCUUGUUUUGCAGAAGCUGGAAUAUGUAGUGACAUGUGCUGUAUGCACACGCUCAGAUGGAGGAGACAUUCACAUCCAUAAGAAGAAAUCGCAGCAAGUAUUUGCUUCCCCAAGCAAGCAUCCAAUGGAUAGUAAAGGAGAAGAAUCCAAAAUCAGUUAUCCAAACAUCUUCUUCAUGAUUGACAGUUUUGAGGAGGUAUUCAGUGACAUGUCUGUGGGAGAGGGAGAAAUGGUCUGUGUUGAAUUAGUCGCCAGCGAUAAAAACAACACAUUUCAGGGAGUAAUAUUCCAGGGGUCCAUAAGAUAUGAAGCACUAAAGAAGGUAUACGAUAACCGGGUAAGUGUUGCUGCUAAGAUGGCCCAGAAGAUGUCUUUUGGCUUCUAUAAAUAUAACAACAUGGAAUUUGUCCGAAUGAAAGGCCCCCAAGGAAAAGGGCAUGCUGAGAUGGCUGUGAGUCGUGUUGCAACAGGAGACACGUCACCCUAUGGGACGGAGGAGGGUUCUGAGCCAGACUCACCUCUGCAUGAACAAGUAACUUCCUUCAGCACACCACCAACUCCUGAGCGCAACAAUCGUCCGUCCUUUUUCUCUCCUUCAUUACGCAGAAAAACACCCAAAAAUCGGAUGGCAGAAAUGAAGAAGUCUCAUUCAGCCAAUGACAGUGAGGAAUUCUUCAGGCAUGGCUCAGACAAUGCAGACUCGGAAGAUAUGCAUGGUGUGUCCAACUUACGAUCUCGUUCUUUGUCUGGGACGGGAAGGUCCUUGGUUGGAUCCUGGUUAAAGCUAAAUCGAACUGAAGAAAAUUUUCUACUCUAUGCACACCUCACUUAUGUUACAUUACCAAUGCAUCGCAUCACAACAGAUAUUCUAGAAAUACGGCAGAAACCAAUUUUGAUGACAUAGCAGACAGCAGGCACUGCCUUACAAACUUGCAGCCAAGUGCCUAACCGCAACUGGAUUCUUGACAACACUACCACCUAGUGUCGGGAUGGAAGGGAAGUUUAUUAGAAUACCAGCCAAUCAAAGUGCCUCGUUCACCCUGCCCACAGGACAUCACCAGUGUUCAUUUUCCAAUCACACUGUGUUUGUGUUUUGAUAGAGUCCAGUUAGGAGCUGCUUCUUACUAAGAAACCUAUAUUCAAUGCUUCAUGAACAAUUUCUGAAGACAAUUACUUUGUACCUAGCAACAACAGUAAAAGAGAAUAAAAGGUGGGGGUGUGGGGGGGAGGGAAAUUAUUUGCUGAACUUUAUAUUAAACAAAAGACUUCAAAUUAAUUAAAGCUUCAAAAAAGUGUUCGGUACAUAGCACAGUUUUCUCCCCAUACUCUAUUUUUUGUCAAAGAACCAUUUGAUUUGCGCACUUAUAUCCAGUAAUAUCGGGUAAUUCUUGCUCACUUUUUAAAAAUGGGGUGAAGGUACAACAGAAGACAUGGAAUCACUGGGACCUCACAGUUUUAUCAAAUUUUGCAGAUCAAUUCUAAUAAUCAAUGGGAUUUUCUGGGGAAUGGGGUGGGGAAUGGCCUCCGUUUUUUUGCAAGAAGACAGUGUUGAUUUUUUUGCCAAACCUGGGGUGUUCAGAAAGGGAAACAAACAUUUGGGAAACGUUUUGUGCUGCUUGUAUACUGCAGGCAAGUGUUGGUUGUUGCAUUCCACCUUUGUGCACAUCAGGUUUUAAAUGUGUUUCGUGGAAACCGUAUCAAUGAAUGUUAUUACAGAAUCCUAUUCCUGGAAUAUUUAUUUGCAUGUGGUGAAAUUGAACUUUUUCCUUAGUCCACUAGUCUGGAUGGCUGCCAUCAUGAUCAUACUGUUAAGAUGUGAUUUGAGUGACACAUUCUUGAAAGUUCUCGUUGUGACCUUGGGUCACUCUAGCUGGUGAGCGAUCUGUGAGAAGAUUGUUCUACUGUGGGAACCCUGCAACAUUGCAAUAGGUUCUCUCAGCAGCCAACUGUGGUGAGGCAUCUGGAGAAUGGUUGAGUAAAGAAUAUUGAGAUGCUUUUACACAAGCUGGACCAUAUAAUUAAUGAAUAAAUGAAAUAUGGGGGGGGGGGGGGAAAGGGAAUCUUUCCACCUUGAGAUUCUUAAUUCUGUUUUUCUCCAACUGGAGUCUUUGUACCGUCAUAACCUGUGACUUAUCAAUGUAGACACUCUCUUUUAAUUUGUUUUCUUGAUCCAGCCAAAUUGAACUAAAUAUUGGCCAACAGCUUGUUGGAAAAGGGUCACUGCAGCUAUUUGAAUUGUUCACCAAAGCCUGUGUGCCAAGUUUCAUUUUGUUAAAAUUUCCACUACUUCUGUUCUCCGGGAAACGUGAUGACUGCAGGCUUUACUUUGGCCUGUCCUCUUUCUCUGCAGCAGCUAGAUUGGCCUUGUUUUCAGUGUUAAUUGUAUUGUUAAAUUGUUAGAUUGAAAAUGCUUGAAUGGCAUAUUUCUGCUGUGAACAGCUAGGAUUGCCACCUUUUGCUGCACCCAAGUGCAGACCAAGGACACAAUAGGGGCAGAUUGAGAUCAUGGCUUAAGCUUGAAUACUUAUCAUGUUGUUGAUUUAAAAAAAGAUAACCUUUUUUGCAGAUUUUGAUUUAAUGACUAAUAUUUCCACAUCAUAAAACAUAUAAAACAAUAGAGGAGAAAUGGACUUCUAAGUUUUAUUGGAAAAUAGACCAGUUUUUUUGUUUUUCAUGUUAGAAGUUUCUGAACGCAUCAUUCAGAAACUGAACAGGUGGCAGCCCUGUGCAGAGCAACAUAGAAAUGUAGUGGUUGGGAUGAAAUUAGGUUAGCUUCAGUCUGUCUCUCUUGAAGGAUCCAGAUUUUCUGAAGGAGCCCUUGACAUCUAGGCAAAAAGAACAUAAGCUGACACAGCGAAACCGUACUAAUCCCAAUCAAUGUGAGAGAACUAAGGAUUUUGAAAGGGAAUGUUCAAUGUACCCUGUACGUAUAAAUAAGCUCAUCCAUUUCACUACCAAAAAAGAACCUAGAUUGGAUUUGUAAUAUUUUAGUGUUUUUGUUUUAAAUGGAUUGUGUUGUAUAGUAUAUUUUAUUUUGUUUGCUAUGAAGCUUUAUUUUCUGCUAAUCGGCAUUUUUGUAAAGGAGUAAGUGUGGCACCCAGCACUUGUGCUGUUUGAAGUGGUGAUGGGACCAGUAUAAUUUUAUUUUUUAUUUGUUUCCAGGAUGUGGGCAUCAUUGAUUGCCCAUAUCUAAUUGCCCUUGAGAAGGUGAUGGUGGGCAGCCAUCUUGAGCGGCUUAGUCCACAUUGAAUAGAACAGGAGGCCCAGAGAACAAUUGCUUUUGUGGAGACAAUAGCCACCAUUUUGUAAUGACUGCCAACUUCAUUGGUUCAUUUGGUCAGUGCCAUCUUUGCUGGACAGAGCUCCGUGUGAAAUGUAGAUUUUUUUCUAAAAUGGUAGCCUGGCUUUUGGUCAGAAAACAAUACCUAAGUCACCAUGAUGUGUGGCCAUUACAUCCUUUAUUGUUUACAAUAGAUGGUAAGUGGCUCAUAAACAUGAAUCAAGUCUUUGUUUGUUGAUGUAUGCAGAUUUUUGCUCCUAUUUUAACAGCCCCACAUACACUGCUGAAUGAGCCACAGAUUUGUUUUAUAGUGCCGUAGAAGGUCUAAUACCGGCCUAAAACAGUCCAAGUUCUUUUAAUAUGUUGCCUCUCUUCUAGCCGUACAGCACUAGAUUCCUUUCGUGGGAACCAGUCUUCCAAUCAUACUCUCAGUUCACAUUUGUGCACUGUUAUUAGGUAGCAGUAAUGUUUAGGAGACAUGAUAAAUCAGCAAGAAGCCAGGAAAUGUCAUUUUCUGAAUUUGGAAAAUUUUAACAAGGCCAGCAAGAAAUCUGUGGCUGAAAUCACUCUUGGCUCUUGGCAGAGGGAAGAGAAUGUGAUUAUAAGAAAUAAAAAUAGAAAAUGCUGAAAAUACUCAGCAAGUCAGGCAACAUCUGUGGAGAGGGAAACAAAAUUAAAGUUUCAGACUGAAAAUCUUUCAUCAGAGAUGAUUAUAAGAAACUGACAAGAGAUAGAAAGACUCUCAAAAUUGUAUUAAAAAGAAACAAAGGUCUUCCUAAACGUUUGAUUAACUGCAAUCACGUUUUCUCUAUGAUAAUUCUUAUUUCUUCUUUUUUUAUAUACUGAGAUUUAAGUGACUGGCGCAGUCCAAUAUGGCUGUUCAGAUGUUCAGGUUUCUGCUUGGUACAUUUAUUGCCUACACAAUGCUCCUGCCUCUCCUUGCACAUCCAAUAAUUUUCACAAAUUCUCUUUCCAAAUACUGAGAUUUCUAAUUUAGUAUAUGUUUGGUAGGUGUCUUUCAGGGAAUUAAAUUAGAAUGUUCCAAUUACAAGGCAGUAUAAUGGAAACCAUUUACAAAUUGUUCUUUUUGAGUUUUUGACUGGGCAAGUAUUUAAUUGGAGGUAAAUAUUGAUUGAACAGCUGAUUCUCCUCCCAUGAGAGGAAAAAGCAGCAGUUUAAUAUGACUGGAACAGUUCCACUGAGCAUCAAAGUCAGACCGAAGAAGAUACUCUAACUAUUCUGUGGGCAGUAACUUUAAAGAGAGUUAGGAGCUGUGCCAUAAAGGCAUAGUUUCUACAGCAUCUAAACAGAAUCUGAAGAAAAUACCAUUUUACCAAUACUGAAGAAUUUUAAACACCAUACAUGUUUAUGGAAACUGCAUGUGGUCUUUUUUUGGUAUGUUAACUUUCAGGUUGGAUAUUUGCACCUAUUCAUACUUAACACAAACACCUACAUGAUUCAUAUUUGUGGAUGUUCUGCUAAUUAUGUUUAUUUUUUUUAUUGUUACCUCUCCAAAUGCAACAUUUAACUCUUAAGAAAGUGAGUAUUAGGUUUUUGAUUGGUCACUGAGGUUCUCUUUUGGUAAGUAAGUUGUCUCUGAGACAUUGAAGAGAAUUGACUGGCUACUUUAGUUGCUAAAGAUACACAUUCACUACUUUAAAUGCUGAAAUGCUCCCACAAACUGCAGAUUUUUCUUUUAGAGCAAAAAAAAAAGCAUUUAAAAAUGUAAUCUGUUCUAGGUAAUGAAAAAGAGAGAAAUUAUAACUGAUAUAUACAUACUGUAUGCUUUAAGAUGAAUUGUUCAAAAAUGCUGGUUCAUUUGUUCUCCUGUCAAUUUUCAUGAUUAAUAUUCUUUUAUUUACUUACAUUGAAGACUUGUGCAGUUCCACAGGACUAGAUCAAAACCGCCUGCUGAAUGUUACCUAACUCUCUUGAUACCAUAGGCAUUGAAAGUGCUUCUAAGGACAGGACACACAAUAAUAUAGAGAUGCCCAGCUUAGCAAGGAGUAGUGCUUUGUAUCUGUAACAAAAACAGAAUUA